AUGAAUAAAGAAUCUCCUUGCAUGAAAAAAGGAAAAUGCACCAAACAUUAUCCAAAGAGCUAUAACGAUACGACUUGCUUGGAUGGAGGUGGGUAUCCGGUUUACCGUCGCAGGAAUGACGGCGUGGAGGUGGCUGUUCGCGGUGGGCGUAAGGAAACCAAUAUUGACGUUGUACCAUACAACCCACACUUGCUAAGGAUGUUUAACUGCCAUAUAAACGUCGAGGUAUGUGCUGGGAUAAGGGCGGUCAAGUACAUCAACAAGUACAUUUACAAGGGUUAUGACAAAACAACAUUUGUAGUUGGAUCGACUGAUGAGAUACAAAUAUACAUCGAUGCAAGGUACAUAGGUCCCCCAGAGGCUGUUUGGCAUCUAUUCGGGUACCAUAUGCACAGAGAAAUGCCCCACGUUGAAAGGUUGUCAAUACACCUUAAAGGUAUGCAGAGAAUUGUAUAUGAAUCCGAAACAUCCACUGAGGGAGUGACACAGACAGCUGAGAAUUAUAAAUCCAAACUGAUGGCAUACUUCGAGUACAACUAUGAGAAUCCAGAUUCCCCUGCAUACACAUACCAAGAAUUUCCGCAGCAUUUUGUGUGGAAAAAAGAUAGAUGGGAAGUAAGGAAGCAACGGUUUGCGAUAGUUAGGAAGUACUUUGUCUCUCCGAAUGCUGGUGAAUUGUUCUACUUGAGAUUGCUAUUAACUGUUGUGGCGGGCGCUCGGUCAUUCGAACAUCUGAGGACUGUGAAUGGCGUGCUACAUCCAACCUACAAAAAAGCAUGCGUUGAGCUUGGGUUGUUAGAGAGAGACGCUGAAUUUGUGUAUUGUUUGAGGGAAGCAGCAACUGUUCAAGUCGGAAGCCAGAUGAGAAAACUCUUUAAGAUAAUUCUGGCAGAUGGCAAUCCAGCUGAACCAGAAUUGUUAUGGAGAGAAUUUAAGACGCAUAUCUGCGAUGAUUUACAUCACGUUAUUAAAAAAAAUUCUGUCGAGCGAAGAGGCGGGUCUAAAUUCUUUCUCAAUGGUAGUGCAGGGACAGGGAAGACAUUUGUCUAUAACACCAUUACUGCUAGCUGCCGUUUGAAGGGGGACAUUGUUUUGACUGUUGCAUCGUCAGGAAUAGCUUCAUUGCUUUUGGAGGGAGGCCGUACUGCACAUUCAACAUUCAAAAUUCCAAUAGAGAUAACAUGCACCGGUGCAACUUUGAUUAUAUGGGAUGAGGUGCCGAUGCAGCAUAAGUAUUGUAUUGAGGCGGUCAACAGGUUGCUCCAGGAUAUUCAUGAAAAUAAAGAAGAUGACUUCGGAGGUGUGACUGUCGUUAUGGGAGGAGACUUUAGGCAGACUUUGCCAGUGAUACCGAACCGAGGUUCCGAACCAGUUAACAAAGUUGAUCUUCCAUCAGCUGUAAACACGGAGAUACACACAUAUCUAGCAGCUGAUAGGUUGACUCCCGACAAAAGUGGUAGGAUACCACCAAUAAGCAAUGAAUUCCUGCGAAAUCUAAAUCCUCCAGGAAUGCCUUUAUUCAAACUACAAAUCAAAGUUAGAUGUCCAAUAAUCCUGAUGAGAAAUCUCGCUCCCUCAGAUGGACUUUGCAAUGGAACAAGGUUAUUGGUGACACACUGCGGGAAGUAUCUUAUACAAGUGAAAAUUUUGACAGGAAAGAAGAGCAAGAUCAGAGAAGUAGUGAUGUUACCUAGGAUAUCGUUCCAGCCCAAUAUUUCAGAGUUGAAUAAAAAUAUGUUGAGACGCCAGUUUCCAAUUCGUUUGGCGUCUACAGACACUGAAGAUGCAGGAUUCCCAUUCCCCAUGAGUGAAGAAAUGGAACUCUUGGAAGUGUGGAUUCAAGACGAUGCUAUCAAGCUGCCUCCUAUCAGACACCCACCAACUGAGAAAAACAUGGCGGACCCAAGUACUGCCACUACCAUAGGUUUGUCCAUCAUCCGACCAAAGACUGCAACAGGCUGA